AUGGGAGGGAAUAAAUUUCGCAUUAGCCACAAAAAGGCCAGCACCGGCUGUGGCACUUGCAGAGCCCGACGAGUUAAAUGCGACGAGCAGAAGCCCUGUUGUCGCCGUUGCGCAAUAGCAGGCAGAAUUUGCGACGGCUACCGCACUCAAGAUCCGUUCGUCGUCUUCAUAGCACCCCAGACACGAAACCAGCUGUCCGAUGGGUUUGAAAAUGACACAGAACGGCGCUUCUUUGACUACUUCCGCUCUAUAUCUGCAUUCGAGUUCUCCCGCUUCUUCGACGAGAAGAUUUGGUGCAAGCAAGUCCUCCAAGCGGCACAUUCAGUCCCUGCUGUAAAACACGCCGUCGUAGCAGUUGCGAGUUCGCACGAGUCAUUCAAAGCAGUGAGAACGCAUGUCCCUUGGAAUCUACCACGCUGGCCAACUGCGCGCAUACACGCUCAGGGGGAGUACAGCAAAGCCGUCACAGCACUGCGUAUUCAGCUGGAGCAGGACAAGAGCCAAUGCCUUCCCGUUGUUCUUACCUGUGGCUUACUCUUCUGUUGUCUCGAAAUGCUAGGAGGGAACGCGCCAGGAGCGCUCGCCCACCUUGCAGCAUGCAUCAAGAUUCUCAACAGCAUCACUAGUAAACCAGACCCUACGGCUCAGGAUAUAAUAUACAUCCAAUCACACACACCCCUCACCAACGACGUAGAAAGAGACUUGCUCCCUAUCUUCACCCGCCUAGAUAUCAUGGCAUCUCAAGGUGUUAUCGGAAGAGUACCGCUUCUGAAGCAGAAGACGCUUCCUGCACUAGACGACCACAACGCAAGCCCGGCAUACUCAUUUUUAUCCUUCUCGGAAGCUGUGCAAGCCUUAUAUUCCCUUGAGAGCGCCGAGCUUGCGCUUGACCAAACCACAUGGUUUGACCGCUUCGGACUAGAAGUUACACAUGGAGGCUUCAGUUGCCGCCUCGUGAACCCAAUAAAUACUGGUCAUAUCCCGCUCGAGCAACUUGCUGCCCGCGAAAACAUCCUGAAGCACCUCUCCUCUUGGGGACCAGCCUUCGCCGCCUUUGUCUCCAGACACCCAACGGAAGCCGAUUCACGUGGGUAUCUGCUCCUCAGGGCCCACCACAAAGUCAUCACAAUGAAGGUUAUAAAUUCCUUAUACACUGAAGAAAGCAUGAUGGAUGACUGUAUGCCCAUGUUUGUCGAAUUGCUCGAUGUAUGUGCCGCCAUUUUCUCCAAAAGCACUUCUUCUCAAUCUUCUACACCAAAUGAACGCCGGCCACCGCCCACCUGGUCCGUAGAAGGAGGCAUAAUACGCUCCCUCACCUUUCUUACUUUCGCAUGUCGCGAUGGCCGCAUACGACGACAUGCGCUUUGGAUGUUAGAACGGUGUCCACAGGAGGGUGUCUGGGUUCCAGAUAUGGAGGCACCCCCAUUGAGACGACUAAUAGAGUUAGAAGAGGGCAUAGCAGCGGGGUCUAGCAUUGGCGACUGGCCCCCACAAGAGGGCCAGGUGUUCAAGAGGUGUGAAGAUAUCCCAGAAUGGAAACGGAUACAUUUUGGAUGGAAGGUCCCCGUUCCUGGGCAGAGGAAGUCAAUGUGGUACUGCUUAACGCAACCAAACGGGUCAGAUGGUGGGUGGCAUGUGAACGAAGACGUCGUUGACUGGUUACCCGAGAAGGGAUUGUACGACAGCCCAUAUAUGAAGGAAAUCGGUCCAUGA